GCUUGUCUGCUAAAUGAGUCUUGUCUGUUUUUGCAAACAAGGGAUAAACAUAUAGAGACAGACAAAUUGGAAGGAACAAUUUGCAAGCCACAUGUUCUGGUGACUUUCACUCACUCAUCAAAGGCAAGGAGCUCUCCUCCUCCAAUGUAUCUAUCUAUCUCUAGCUCAAGAUAUCUGGCUUGCCAUUCUCAUAGCUUGCCAGUUUCUGAUGAGCCAAGGGAGCUCUGUGCGUCGUCAGCUCUCCAGCCCGGGACAGUGAUGAGGGCAAGGAGCCAUGCUUGUCAGGUUAGGCGUCGUUGUUGUAGCCUCCGUCGCAGCUUUAACUCUUAAGAGAGCCAACAGUGGCAACAGAGAUGGCCAAGCAAGGAAAGGAAAAGACAAAACUCGCUACUCUGAACAUGGGGAGAAAGAAGAAGAGAAGGAAGAGGUUAAAACAAUCAGCGGCAUAAUCAAUUCAGCUCUUUCAGAUGAUGACGACAUGCUCUCCGAGAUCGAGAGCCUCCUAUCAGGGGAGAUUGACAUCCCCCUACCAAGUGACAGGUUUGACGUCAAAGAACGCUCUUGGUACAACAGUGUUAACUCCGAGCUGGAGAGGCUGCGUGGACUUGUGCGUGAGCUGGAGGAGAGGGAAGUGAAGCUUGAGGGAGAGCUGCUGGAGUACUAUGGCCUCAAGGAACAGGAGACUGAUGUUGUAGAGCUACACAGACAGCUCAAGAUCAAGAUGGUGGAGAUCGACAUGCUCAAAAUGACCAUCAACUCGCUGCAAGAGGAGAGGAAGAAGCUUCAGGAUGACGUCGCCCGUGGCACAGGAGCCAAGAGGGAGCUGGAGGCUGCGAGGAACAAGAUCAAGGAGCUGCAGCGACAGAUACAGAUGGAGGCGAACCAGACGAAAGGGCAGCUGAUGCUUCUAAAGAACCAGGUGAUUGCGCUGAAGUCCAAGGAGGAGGAGGCAGCCAUCAAGGACGCAGAGGUGCAGAGGAAGCUGAAGAAGCUCAAGGAGCUGGAAGUGGAGGUAGUUGAGCUGAGGAGGAAGAACAAGGAGCUCUUGUAUGAGAAAAGGGAUCUCAUCGUUAAGCUGGAUGCAGCACAAGGAAAAAUAACAGAGAGUGAUGUAGUUUCCCAUGCAAGAGAGGAGAUCAACAAGCUGAGGCAUGUAAAUGAAGACCUUACCAAGCAAGUAGAAGGCCUACAAAUGAACAGAUUCAGUGAAGUAGAAGAGUUGGUUUACCUGCGUUGGGUUAAUGCUUGUCUGAGAUAUGAGCUCCGCAACUACCAGGCACCAUCUGAGAAAAUUUCUGCUCGUUACCUUAACAAGACCCUGAGCCCAAAAUCGCGUGAGAGGGCCAAACUUCUAAUGCUGGAAUAUGCAGGAUCAGAACGAGGACAGGGCGACACUGACCUUGAAACUGCUUCUUCUGCACCUUCUUCACCCAGAAGCGAAGACUUGGACAAUGUUUCAGUUGACAGUUCUUCUAGCAGAUACAGCUUCUUUGGCAAAAGGCCCAAUCUGAUGCAAAAGCUCAAGAAGUGGGGAAGGGGCAAGGAUGAUGAAAGCAGAUUAGCUUCACCGACACAGUUCUUCACUAGUGACUCCCCAAAGAGCGCCAGCCAGAAACCAAAGGGGCCCCUAGAGGCUCUCAUGCUCAGAAAUGCAGGAGAUGGUGUGGGCAUUACAACCUUUGGAAAGAGGGAACAGGAUCCCAGUGAUAUCAUGGAUGAGGCAAAUGUUGCAUCUUCAUUCCAUUUGAUGUCAAAGACUGUACAAGGUUUUGCUGAUGACAAGUAUCCCGCUUACAAAGAUAGGCAUAAACUUGCCACAGAACGGGAGAAGGUAAUAAAAGAGAAAGCCGAGAAAGCUAGGGUACAAAGAUAUGGCGGUGUCAACAGUUCAGGUAUUGUGCCAUCUCCAAGAUCUGCACUCCCUCCAAAACUUGCUCAAAUAAAGGAAAAGGCUCCUACAGCUAAUGCUGAAUCCAGUGACCAACCUAGUGAUAACCAGAACAACCCUCUAGUUGUGACACAACUGAAACUUGCAAAUAUUGAGAAGAGAGCUCCAAGAGUUCCUAGGCCACCUCCUGCACCAUCAGCCACUGCCAACACUGCAAGUGCGUUGUCUCCACCGCCGCCACGCCCGCCAGGUGCACCUCCUCCACCACCGCCUCCUGGCAAACCUGGUGGCCCGCCACCGCCGCCACCACCCCCUGGUUCCCUACCUAGGAAUCUUGCUGGUGGUGACAAGGUACACCGUGCUCCAGAGGUUGUAGAGUUUUAUCAAAGUCUCAUGAAGCGUGAAGCCAAGAAGGACACAACUUCUCUGGGAUCAACAACAUCAAGUGCCUUUGAUGUGAGAAGCAACAUGAUUGGAGAGAUUGAGAAUAGAUCAACAUUCCUCUUAGCUGUCAAAGCGGAUGUGGAGACACAAGGAGACUUUGUCGAGUCUCUAGCAAAUGAGGUCCGAGCAGCAAGUUUUGUAAAUAUCGACGAUGUUGUUGCAUUUGUAAAUUGGCUUGAUGAGGAACUAUCCUUCUUGGUCGAUGAGCGGGCAGUACUAAAGCACUUUGAUUGGCCAGAGAGCAAAACUGAUGCACUAAGAGAGGCAGCCUUUGAGUAUCAAGACCUGCUAAAAUUAGAACAUAAGGUUUCGUCGUUUACUGAUGAUCCAAAGCUUGCAUGUGAAGAAGCUCUCAAGAAGAUGUAUUCCUUGCUUGAAAAAGUGGAGCAGAGUGUUUAUGCGCUACUUCGUACUAGAGACAUGGCCAUAUCACGCUACAGGGAGUACGGACUACCGGUGGAUUGGCUGUCUGGUUCCGGGGUAGUUGGCAAGAUCAAAUUGGCAUCUGUUCAGCUGGCGAAGAAGUAUAUGAAGAGGGUUGCCACAGAGCUUGAUGCCUUGCAAGGCACCGAGAAAGAGCCCAACAGAGAGUUCUUGCUUCUUCAGGGUGUGAGAUUUGCUUUCCGAGUUCAUCAGUUUGCCGGAGGGUUCGAUGAGGAAAGCAUGAAGGCAUUUGAAGAGCUAAGAAGCAAGAUGUCUACACAGACAUCUGCUCCACAAAUUUCCGAUGUAUAGCUCUAACCAUGAUGCAUUUCACACUUCUUCACUGGUUUCUUUGUUGAAAGGCAAGAUUAAUUGAGUAGCUAAAAGUAGUAGAAAAAGAGAAGUAUAAAUCCCAAUAUAAUAUUGCUGUCUCCAUCAAGAUGUAUAUGGCAGGAAAGAAUGAUAAGUGUACAGAUGAUAAAUACAUGUAUUACUAGAUUAGUGUGUGUAUUUAUUUGUAUUUAAAGGCAGCAAGCGCAUUUUAAAAGCAAAAGAAGAACUAGUAGUACCAA